UCAGAGACAAACUUCAGGAUUAGAACUCUUUCAGGAUGACUGUAGUGUUCUGCCCUCAUUUUAUCCUCAGAAAGUCCUCCCAUUCCGCCUCUCUACUCUUCCUCCUUCUGCUUGCUGGGCCUGGCAGCACAUUAGCACUUGGUCCUGGCAGAGUAAGAGCAGGGCAAGAAGGACGAGCAAGGGCUGAGGGUAGGGUGAGACCUGGGGUAAAGGACAAGGGCGGGAAUCGGGGGAGUACUGAAGGCUACACUGAAACUGGAUUAGGAGAUACUCGUGUUUCCAGGCCGAGAGCUGCAGCAGGAGAGGAUGAAGAGGCAUGGGGGGCCCAGGGUACUGCUGCAAGCUUGAGGUCCGUGCUUUCUGUAGGGGAAGGCGGACUGUGGGAGCCUCGCAGUUCCUCUCGUUGCGUCCCUAUCCCAUCCGGAAUGGCCUUGUGCCAAAACAUCGGUUAUGACACCAUGAGGAUGCCCAACUUGCUGGGCCACGAGUCUCACGCCGAGGCUGUACAGCAGAGUGCCAGCUGGUUGCCGCUACUUGCAAGAGAGUGCCACCCUGAUGCCCGCAUCUUUCUCUGCUCUCUCUUUGCACCCAUUUGCCUUGAUAGGUUUAUAUCCCCCUGUAGGAGUUUGUGUGAAUCCGUACGAGACAGCUGUGCACCAAUCAUGAGCUGUUACGGCUACCCCUGGCCAGAAAUUCUGCGUUGUGACCAGUAUCCUGCAGACCACCUCAUGUGUAUCUCCUCAGUCACUAACAGCACUGCGCACACAGGCAGCCGCCGUAGAGUGCCUCAGGCAAGCUGUCGGGAUUGCGAGCUGGAGGAAGCCUCCUCUACAAAAGACACACUGGAGACCUUCUGUAGGAGUGACUUUGUUCUGAAACUGCGUCUCACACGGCUGAAAUACAGUCCAGUGAGCCUGUCUCAGUUCUCGCUGGCAGCCAAACUGGAUGUUCUGAAGCACGGACCCCUGUUAGUGGGGCAGAUACGCUCCCGCAUUGAGCUGUGGCUGGAAAGGGAUGCUACCUGCGUACGAAACAUGACAAGGCACAACGCACGAGGCGGGACUUUCCUUGUAACGGGAAUGGUGCAGGGGGAGCACUUGGUCGUGAACAAAGUUUACGCCUGGCAGAGACGAGACAAGAACCUGAUGGUGGCGGCACGCAAAUGGAAACAUCACCGAUGCAGGAGUUAGGAUUGUGCUAAGUUAACAAAUUCAAUAGAAUUAAGAUUCUUUUGUUUUUUCAGAACAGCUGCUUAUAGGGGAAGGAUAGACAUUGUAUUUAGAAGCUGCCCAAAUACCUCUUACUUUAAGUUAUGCUUGGUCUAGUUAAAUCAUGUCUAAACCUCUGUGAUUAUAGAAGGGACGAAAGUAGUCAGCCGAUCAGAAAGGUCCUCAAAGUACCAACACAGAUUUCCCGAGCAGAGGAUGUCAAAGAAAUAAAAGGACAUUUAAUAGAAAAUGUAAAUAUCUGUGAAUUUUAAGUUAAUAUCUCUGGUUUAUAUUUGUAUGGCUUUGAGAAAAAUUAAAUGUUUUCUUCAAACAACGAA